AUGCGCUCAAUAAACAAACUGUUCUACUUGAUUCUCUUUGUUCUCUGCCCGGAAGAUGUACAAAGCUAUGACUCACGCGUCACGCUCGACACAACCGCGACCAACGUCGGCCCCUUGACUACAUCGUUCAUCCCGCCAUCCUCCUGCUUCGACAUCCACACAAGGCUGUACCGCACCUGGUGGGCCCAGCUGGAAAUCGGCUGCCAGGGACCCUACGGCGACGACUGCUGUCCUGAUAAGUGGCGGGAAAACGUCUACUACAGUCCCGGGAUGUGUCCGUCGGGAUACUACGGCUGUACGCUUCCAACACCGAAACAGCGGCAGGAGACGACGAAUAUCUGUUGUCCUGAACACUAUGACUGCGUGGGCCAACAUCUCUGCACGAGACGGUUGAAUAACCCGCAGAUCAUCACAUAUGUGGACUCGGGUCUUUCGACGCGGGAAACCGCGUACGCGGUAACAGCUACGCCAAUCCAGAUACGAUUCCGGGCUGCGGAGUCGACGGUCGUUCCUGUGCCGACUGAUUCUUUGAGGUUGCCAAGGGGGUAUCUGCUUACGAGGGAAAAGGUGGGUAUUGGGGUUGGGGUGCCGGUGGCGGUUGGGUUGCUCAUGAUGGUGGUAUGGUAUUUCUGUUAUGUGAGGAGGAGGCAGAGGGAGGAGGGGGUUGUUACAGUGACCGAUACGGGCCUGGACCUGGAUCUUCCUCCGCCGUAUCCUGGGCAGGGCAAUGGACGGUCUACAAAUGAAGUCCCGUGUGGAUGCCGUCGGAAGGGCUUUUGGAUCUUCACGUGGCGAGAGAGGAUUCCGCGGCGAGGAUGA